ACAACGGACCGAGCUACUUCCGGGAGAGAAUGGGCGGGUAGAGAAUUCGGCGUUUGGCGGGUUUAGCUGUCUUCCUAAAUAUUUGGUCCUGCAGCAGCCGAAGGCGCCCGACACGUGAGGAGGUAGUGACGCCGCCACUGCCAGGACAGGCUGCUUCGGGCUCGCUCAUGGCCACGUCUGUGGAUUUUAAGACUCAUGUAGAUCAGGCAUGUAGAGCUGCUGAGGAAUUUGUCAAUAUUUACUAUGAGACAAUGGACAAAAGAAGACGGGCACUAACCAGGCUGUAUCUGGACAAGGCCACUUUAAUAUGGAACGGAAAUGUUGUUACAGGGCUGGAAGCCCUAACUAAUUUUUUUGAGAUGCUGCCUUCUAGUGAGUUCCAGGUCAAUAUGUUAGAUUGCCAACCAGUGCAUGAGCAAGCUACCCAGGCCCAGACCACAGUUCUUGUUGUGACCAGUGGAACUGUGAAGUUUGAUGGAAACAAACAACACUACUUCAACCAGAACUUCCUGCUGACUGCCCAGUCGACUCCUAACAACACCGUGUGGAAGAUCGCAAGUGAUUGCUUCCGUUUCCAAGAUUGGGCUAGUAGUUAAAAGGGGGCAGAAGUCCAUUUUUGUUUGGUCCAUUAGUUCCAGCAACAUAAAUUUAUGUGAAGUAGUUCAUUUUAUUGUGGAAGCACUAUAAACUGAUAUGUGCUGAAACUCUGUUUUCUUUAAUACUUUUUUAUUCCUAGCAGCACCUUUUCUAGCAGCUGCCCGUUUGGAUCAUUGCCCUUACGAGCUUUAAUGCUAGUUUUUUACAUGCCUUAUAUACAUUUCACUAAUGACAUUCUUGUGGUAAUAUUGUACACAUGGUCUCUGUAUUAACAUACGCACUGUGAGCCCAGCCUAUUGCAAAAAUGAAAUCCUUUUCUAAUA